UCAAUUGCUGAUGCUGUCAUCCACGUAUAUAUAUGCAUUGCCCGGUCAUUUAUAGUGCAGAAUAAAAGUUGUUCUUUCAUUUUUAAGUGUCGAGUGAUUGUAUAUUGAAAUAGUUACAUAUACGAAUGGAUUUAUUAGUACCUUAUUAAGUAAUUAAUCUGUGUGAUCGUUGAAAUUUGACUUGAUAAAAUACAUUGUAAUCAUGUUAACAAAAUUUGAAACAAAAUCUGCUAGAGUUAAAGGGCUAUCCUUUCAUCCUAAGAGGCCUUGGAUAUUAGCAAGUCUACAUAAUGGAUGUAUCCAACUUUGGGAUUAUCGAAUGUGCACAUUGCUUGAAAAAUUUGAUGAACACGAUGGUCCAGUUCGUGGUAUAUGUUUCCAUAAUCAGCAACCGUUGUUUGUAUCAGGUGGAGAUGAUUAUAAAAUAAAAGUGUGGAAUUAUAAGCAAAAACGUUGCAUAUUUACAUUACUGGGUCAUUUAGAUUAUAUCCGUACUACUAUGUUUCACCAUGAAUAUCCAUGGAUCGUUUCGGCUUCAGAUGAUCAGACUAUUCGAAUUUGGAAUUGGCAGAGUCGAACUUGUAUUUGUGUUUUAACUGGACAUAACCACUAUGUAAUGUGUGCUAUUUUUCAUUCUUCUGAAGAUCUUUUGGUAUCUGCAUCUUUGGAUUCAACUGUUCGUGUGUGGGAUAUUUCAGGUUUAAGAAAGAAAAAUGUCGCGCCUGGUCCUGCUGGUCUAGAGGAGCAUUUAAAAAAUCCUGGAGCGACAGAUUUAUUUGGUCAAGCCGAUGCAGUGGUAAAACAUGUUUUAGAAGGUCAUGAUCGUGGAGUGAAUUGGGCAACUUUUCAUCCUACAUUGCCUCUUAUUGUGUCUGGAGCUGACGAUCGACAAAUUAAAUUGUGGCGAAUGAACGACUCCAAAGCAUGGGAAGUCGAUACAUGCAGAGGUCACUAUAAUAAUGUUUCAUGUGUCCUUUUUCAUCCCCGGCAAGAGUUGAUUCUCUCAAAUAGUGAAGAUAAAAGCAUUAGAGUAUGGGAUAUGACUAAACGCACGUGUUUACACACUUUUCGAAGGGAACACGAAAGAUUUUGGGUAAUGACUUCCCACCCUAACUUAAACUUGUUUGCAGCAGGUCAUGAUACAGGAAUGGUAAUAUUUAAAUUGGAACGUGAACGCCCUGCUUAUACUGUUCAUGGAAAUUUAUUAUAUUAUGUAAAAGAGCGUUUCUUAAGAAAAUUGGAUUUUACCACAUCGAAAGAUGUCCCUGUUAUUCAAAUUAGAGGCGGAGGGAAGAUACCAGUUUACAAAAUGUCCUUUAACCCUGCAGAAAAUGCAGUUUUGCUAUCUACUCGUACCUCAAAUUUAGAUAACAGCACAUACGAUUUAUAUAUGAUACCUAAGGAGCAGGAACGUGAUGAUCAUGUACCUGAAGCAGAAAGUAAGAGGUCAUCAGGACUUACAGCCUUGUGGGUAGCUCGAAAUAGGUUUGCUGUUCUUGAUAGAACCCACCAAUUAGUUAUAAAGAAUUUGAAGAAUGAGGUGACUAAGAAAGUGCAAACCCCAACAUGCGACGAAGUGUUUUAUGCUGGUACUGGAAUGCUACUGCUUCGUGAUUCUGAACAUGUUACAUUGUUUGAUGUUCAACAAAAGCGAACCUUAGCUCAAGUAAAAAUCAACAAAUGCCGUUAUGUUGUUUGGUCUACUGAUAUGGCUUAUAUUGCUCUUCUAUCGAAACAUAAUGUUACUAUAUGUAACAGAAAGUUGGACGUGUUAUGUUCUUUACAUGAAAAUACAAGAGUGAAAUCAGGAGCAUGGGAUGAUUCUGGUGUAUUCAUUUAUACAACUAGUAACCAUAUUAAAUAUACUUUAACAAAUGGUGAUCAUGGUAUCAUUCGUACACUGGACUUACCUAUUUAUAUCACCCGUGUAAAAGGAAGUCAAGUUUUCUGCUUAGAUCGUGAAUGUAAACCCCGUAUACUUACAGUAGAUCCAACCGAGUACAAGUUUAAACUUGCUCUGAUUAAUCACAAAUACGAAGAGGUACUUUAUAUGGUUCGAAAUGCCAGGUUGGUGGGUCAGUCUAUAAUUUCAUACCUGCAACAGAAAGGUUAUCCAGAGGUCGCCCUACAUUUUGUAAAGGACGACAAAACUCGUUUUACUUUAGCUUUAGAAUGUGGCAAUAUUGAAAUAGCAUUGGAAGCUGCAAAGUCACUAAACGACAAACUUUGCUGGGAUCAACUGGCUCAAGCUGCUCUUUGGCAGGGUAACCAUCAGGUUGUUGAAAUGUGCUAUCAACGAACCAAGAGCUUUGAAAAGUUAUCGUUUCUCUAUUUAAUUACUGGAAAUUUAGAAAAGCUAAGGAAAAUGACUAGAAUCGCUGAAAUUCGCAAAGCAAGAUCCUCUCAAUAUCAUGGAGCUCUUCUUUUAGGAGAUUUGGAGGAACGCGUUAAGGUUUUAAAAGCUUCAAACCAACUAUCAUUAGCAUAUCUUACUGCUGCUACUCAUGGGAUGAAAGAGGAAGCUGAACAAUUGAAGGAACAAAUUGGAGACACUAAAAAAUUACCUGAUGUCAACCCUAAUGCUAAGUUUUUAAAACCUCCACCUCCCAUACAACAAGCUGAAUCUAAUUGGCCUUUAUUGACUGUGAGCAGGAGUUUCUUCGAAAAUACUGCCGCCGCUGCCACUGCUUCUGCCAAUAUGAAAUCCCUCAUGGCCGAACCGGUAGUUGAUACCGGUAUUGAGGAAGCUGGUGGAUGGGGAGACGAUGACGAGAUUGAUGUUGAUCCAGAAGAACGACGUGCAGAUGUAUCAGGUGAAGGUGAAGUUGGUUGGGAUGUAGAGGAUGCAGAUUUAGAAAUACCGGAUUUGGGGCCUACUCCAGCUGCUGAUGCAUCAGAUACUUAUGUCCAUCUUCCUACUCAAGGACCAUCACAACCGUUAACCUGGACCAAGAACUCGCAGCUGGCAGCCGAUCACAUCUCUGCUGGUUCAUUUGAAUCUGCCAGCAGAUUGCUGCAUGAUCAGCUGGGUGUCGUACAAUUUAAACCUUAUGAAUCCUCGUUCUUGAGUUUGUACAGCGGCUCAAGGACUGUAUCGACUUGGCAGCAGAAUAUACCUCCAUCCUUUAGUUAUCCAUUGAGAAAUUGGAAGGAGGCGAAUCCAAAAUCUGGUUUACCUGCGGCUGGUGUGAAACUUAAUGAUUUGGUGGCUAGGUUACAAAUAUGUUACCAACUUACCACAGCUGGAAAAUUCACAGAAGCCAUAGAAAAAUUCCAAAACCUGUUGCUAUCCGUGACACUGCUCGUAGUGGACACUAAACAAGAAAUAUCAGAAGCUCAGCAAUUGCUCCGUAUAUGUAGCGAAUAUGUUUGUGGUUUGCAAAUGGAAACAUUGAGGAAGACUCUUCCCAAAAGUUCAAUAGAAGAACAGAAGCGUCAGUGUGAAAUGGCUGCUUAUUUCACUCAUUGUAAACUUCAGCCUAUUCAUCAGAUACUGACAUUACGGACCGCUCUGAAUAUGUUUUUCAAAUUGAAGAACUACAAGACCGCUGCUUCGUUUGCAAAAAGAUUAUUGGAAUUGGGACCUAGACCUGAAGUAGCUCAACAAGCCAGAAAAAUUUUGCAGGCUUGCGAUUCUAAUCUAACCGACGAAUUACAAUUGCAAUACGAUGAACACAAUCCCUUUUCUCUCUGUGGACACUCGUACUCUCCAAUUUAUAGAGGAAAACCGGAAGAAAAGUGUCCUCUCUGCAACACUUCUUAUCUACCUAAAUAUAAGGGCUGCGUUUGUAAUAUAUGUGGAGUUGCGGAGAUCGGUAAAGAUACUAUUGGUCUUAGAAUUAGUAUGCAUCAAUUUAGAUGAAUUAACUCUCUCGUUAUAAGUAUUAUUUAGAUUUUAUGAAAAUGUAUUUAUUAGAAUUACAUUGGACCUCAGUCAAAUUUGUGCUAAAUAUUUGCUUUUACAUAUGGGUUAAAUAACAGCGUAGUAAUUUUAAUUACAUAUAGUACUUUGUUAUUUUUUAAACAAAAUAUAAAUUUUAUCAGGAAUUA